UCCCCAUCAGGUUUUCGAUAAACCCCACCCAUCACUUAUUAGCGGCUCCUUUACGAGUUCGUCUUAUCUGAGUCUGACUGACCGUGGCUGUUCUGGGUUUUUUUUUUUAUAAAAAAAACUGAACUGCCAUUAUGCUCGCCUUACAAUGCGCAUCGAAAGGACUCAGCCAGUUCCAAGGAAUUCUUGGAGUUGCCCUGCGUUUUUCAUCUACUCUGGCUGACCAGGCGACAUUCGACCUCCAGCCAUUCAAACUCCACAAACUCGAAUCCGGACCGUCAACAACAGCCACUCUCACUCGAGAUGAUGCCCUCACUUACUAUAAACAAAUGCAGGUUAUCCGACGAAUGGAGACAGCUGCUGGCAACCUCUACAAGUCUAAAAUUAUUCGUGGAUUCUGUCAUUUGUACUCUGGACAGGAAGCUUGCUGUGUUGGGAUGGAAAGUGCUAUCGAGAGGGACGACCCAGUUAUUACAGCCUAUCGAGCUCAUGGUUGGACCUAUAUGAGGGGAGUCUCUUUGGUGGGAGUGCUGUCAGAACUCACAGGACGCAAAACGGGUUGUGCUCAAGGCAAAGGUGGUUCAAUGCACAUGUACAAUCAUAAUUUCUAUGGUGGAAAUGGCAUUGUAGGAGCUCAGGUGCCAUUAGGAGCUGGCAUUGGUUUUGCCCUGAAGUACCAGAAGAAACCUAAUAUUGUUGUAGCUCUGUAUGGAGAUGGUGCUGCCAACCAAGGGCAAUUGUUUGAGGCCUAUAACCUGGCUAAGUUGUGGAAUAUUCCUAUAAUUUUCGUGUGUGAGAACAAUGGAUACGGAAUGGGUACAAGUGUUGAUCGAGCAGCUGCCUCAACUGAUUACUACACUCGAGGAGAUUAUGUCCCUGGCAUUUGGGUUGAUGGUAUGGAUGUCUUAGCAGUUAGAGAAGCCACAAGAUUUUCCCGACGCUAUGCUCUUAAACAAGGUCCUAUCCUCUUAGAGUGUGUUACUUACCGUUACCAUGGUCACAGUAUGAGUGACCCGGGAACAAGUUACCGUACGAGGGAAGAAAUUCAAGAAGUAAGAGAAAAAAGGGACCCCAUUUCAGCGCUGAAAGAACGUAUGUUAUCUAAUAAUCUAGCUGCUGCUGAUGAACUUAAGAAAAUUGACCUUGAGGUACGAAAAGAAGUUGAUGUUGCAGUAACUGCAGCUAAAUCCAACCCAGAGCUGCCUAUAGAAGAACUAUACACACAUGUAUAUAAGAACCCGCCUAGUGGAAUGAAAAUACGUGGCUGUGAUAAUUACUCAUACCAUCCAACAAUGUAGAAAAUGUAGCUUGUUUUCCACUCCUAUUGAGAAAGAAGGAAGGCCACGAAUCGAAAAUAUUGGCCCUUGUCAUCAAGAAACACUUGACCUCUAAGAUAAGAAGGUGGACUAUAUAAUAUUUAAAUUUUGAGAUUAAACAAUUUUCUUGGGGUAUAUCUGCAA